AUGGGUGUUCAAAAUGACACACAGUCUAAGGCCUGGAGUUCCGGCCGUGUGUUGACGAGUGUGCAAAGAGCGCGCAAACAGAAGAUGGAUCGAAUCUCGAAGAAACAGCUCCAGCAACGACAGCAAGACUACCUGGAAAUACUCGAGAAUCGAAUCAAGUACUUGGAAAAGCGACCGUUCCCCGCAGAUGGCCAUACUGUGCAAUCGAAUUAUGAUGUACCUUCCUCACAUGGAGAAACUUGUUGGCAAAGCGCAGUUUCAUCCAACAUUCAGGACUGCACAGCGUUCCAAGCGCUGGACAGCACACCAGCAAAGGGCCAGCAGUCGAUGCAAUUCCCUUUUCACAUAACCCCUGGACUCGAAUAUCCGAGCGAAAAUGGUGGAAAGUCCAUGAACUAUUUUCGCCAGGCUGUUCGGAUCCUCGGCUCCGUUUUCAAAAUUGAUCCGUCCCAAGUCUGCUCAGCUGACCAUCUGAAUCAGGAUAUACUGAUCCGCGCCGUUUUGGAAGGAUGGCAUAUACUGCAGCAUGAAAAUAAUGUGUGCCCUCUCUGGGUUAUUAUUCGGGAGAUAGAUGCAAGCAUCAAUAUACGAAGUGGGUUUGCGACUAGACUCUCCAUGUUGCGUGGAAUUCACCAACUUUUACUUGUACAUGCUCCAUCUCUAUUUGGCGACCAGAAGACUUACAUCUACAGUGUUUUAUAUUUCCACACUUUAUUGAAGGUUUACCAGCUUGGUAUCGACCAAGGCAAGUUUAACGUCCAUUCUGACUCCUCCAAUUCCCUGGUCUCUAAACAUCUCCAGCAGACCCUCUCAGACUUUGCUGUCCCAUGA